UUAAGUUACCUUCAGUUCUAAUAGUAUUGACUUUGCGAAGAUGGAGCCGCUGUCCGAUCCGAGUCCGAGUCCGAGUUCUGAGUCCUCGGACCUCACCGCCUUCCUGCAGCAACAUCCAACCCUGCAGCCGUGCGGUAACAACCGGGUGAAAUGUUCCCUGACCGGGCAUGAAUUGCCAUACCGGUUGGCUGAUUUACAGGCCUACACGAAGGGCAAGAAAUACCAGCGUCUGAUGACGAAAGAGCCAUUUGACUACAGUCAAUUCGAGCCACACAUCGUGCCCAGCACGAAAAAUCCACUACAGCUGUUCUGCAAGUUAACAGUCCGCCACAUUAACAGGAUUCCGCAGCACGUCCUCCGGCAUGUGGGCGGGAAACGGUAUCAGAAAGCGCUGCAGAAAUAUGAGGAGGCUGUAGCUCUGGGGGUCCCCUUCAUCCCAGCGCCUCUAUCGCAAAAGAAAAAUCGGACUCAAGAGCCUAGUAAGGAAUCUCGCCACAAAUCUAAGGAGUUCUGGGAGCCUAGUGAGAGUGGACGGAGUGAGAGUGACUAUUCAGAUGACAGCUUGAGCGAUCUGUACCCAGAGCACUUGUUUAGCAGGCAAGAAGCAACGGGGGAGGAGGCUGAAAUGAAUGAACAUAUCCCUGAUGAGAUGGAGGUCGUGGCACCAUCGCCAAGGAAGCGGAAAAAUACAGAGGAGAAUCAUUUUAUUAAGAAGAAAUUGAAGAAAGGAGUUGCUGGCAAAUCUAGCAACGGCAGGAAGUUUUAGAAACGACAAAGCUGGAAAAUGGAACUGAUUCUGGAAGAUAACAUUUUCUACAUGUCUGCUGCCAUGCAGGAUACAUGUUCAUUGUACAGUUUUUGUAAAGUAAAGCAGAUUUGGUAAAUGCAAAGGCUGAGCUUUCUCUUCCUCCGCAUGGUCUUUGGACUGCUGUGGAAAAAAUUUAUUCCUCUUGUUCACAACAAUGCUGAAUUUCACUGGGAUGUUGAUGGGGGUUACCGUGGUAUUACAUCAGUAAGCCAAGAGCCUGGAUUUUGAACUUGACUUGGUUCAAAUCGAACUGCUGAUGUUUUGGAAUUUAAAUUCUGUCAAUAUAAGCAGAGAUGUAAAAAAAAAGGUAAAUUGAUUGUGAAAAUUAGAUAUGCCCACAAAAACCUAUAAUACUGCCAAGUAAUUUAGGUAACCUCUCGGAAAGGUCACUGAGCUGCACUUUCCCAUGAAAGAGUCAAUGAACAUUUACAGUAGUCAGGGUGAUGAUGGAAGGAGCAACCUGGUUCUGCUCAAUCAGGAUAAUAUGA